CUAGUGGAGCCCCAGUGAAUGUUGCCACCCACAGCUCAGGGAACAGUCAGGCCCCUCCAGGGCCAGGUCACCCUGGAAGCUCUCUGCGCCACCGGCUGCAUGCCCAGGGUCUGGCUUGGGUUGGAAUUAGCUUUGGGAACUCUUGGGUGAGAUCAGGAGGACCAGGAAGUGCCAGGCAGGCCUGGCAAGGGUUCCCAGGAAGUUGCCACAGAGGGAGCCAUUUCCUGGUGAGGCAGUGGCCCGUCACUGGGAGGGGUGAGGUUUCCAGCCCAGCACCGCCUCUUGGCAGGUCGGUGGCCUUGGCAAACUACUGUGUCUCAGAGCUUUGGUGUCCUUGUCCAUAAAAUGGAGAUAAUAAUGGUCCUACCUCACAGGCUGUUAUGGGCCCUGGAGGUGGUGUCUGUAAGGCCCCAGCAUGGGCCAGACCUGCAAGGAGGAAAUAUAUAAUAAAAGGUAGUGAUUCAUAAGUUGUGACACUCCAAGUUGCCUUUUGUGAUCUGCUGAGGGUUUGAAGAUUCAGGCAAAAAUUCCAGAAUGUCCCUAAUGGAGGGCGAGGGCCUGGUCCAGACCUUGUCACCUCUCUGUCUAUGACACCCACUUCUUCCUUGGACCAGAAGCAGACCCUCAUGUCUGCCAUUGUAGCGCUUUGGCUUGGCCUGUUGGACUCAGGGCCUGUAAAGCUGCCCCUAGCUUUGCCCUGGCCUUGUUUGCUUUCCUCCCCCAGCUCCAGGGCACCCGACGGGGUUGGUGCCCUGGAGUAACCCACUGUAUCACCCACAAGCACGGGUAGGAGAGGACAGAAGCACCUAGCCCUCCUGGGCUGUUCUGUGGAAGGAGUUGGUCUCCUCACUUGACUGUCCCUCCCCCCACAAACCAGGCCUUUGAGACAUAAAAGUCCCCUGCCCCCUGAGUGCUAACCCUGUGGCCUCAGCCCUGGCAUUCCGUACCCAACUCCGAGGGUGGAGGCAGUCCAGCACCUGGCUUUGAAGGCGGGUUUAUGUAACAAAGCCACUCCCCUGCCAGCUGGUGGUAGGGCCCGGGGCACUCCUCUCAGAUUGGCCCAGUGCUUCAGUCAAGACUGGGCAUUCCUGUCAUACUGGUACCAGUAGGUUAUGAAAGAUGCUGCUGAUGGGGGACUCAGCUCUUCUGUUUGCCCUGCUCUGGAAGCCCACCCCUGCUUUCCAGACCUCAGUUGCUCCUAAGGCCACACCUUCCUUUUCCUUCUCCUCAGCACCUGACUUCAAGCUCCCCAGGGAGCCUUCCUCCUCUAGGUCAGGGCUGGGAGGUCGGCCACGAGGGGAAGGCCCAGAUGCCAUUGGCUGGUAGAGGUGGGUCUUCCAGAGAUCUGGGGUGGGGUGAGGAGACACUGAGCCUACACACCAGGUAUCAGUGCCUCUAGUAUAGGCUGAGGUGCCGAGGUGCCUCAUUUCCUGGACAGGUAGCUGGUCCAGGAGUGGGUGUGGGGCGUGGAUGAAGUAGAAGAGGCAGGUGGGAGGGACCAGGGAGGAGCUCCCAGCCAGCUGGAUGUUGGUUAAAAAUCUGACAGUCCUCGGCCCAGCAGCCACCGUCUGCCAUUCCUGACCCCUCGGACUCCCGGCCUCAUGGCUCUGGCCAAGGUGCCCGGGACCUGCCUGCUCACCAUUCGUGUCCUGCAGGCCCAUGGCCUGCCCUCCAGGGACCUAGUGACCCCCCCUGACUGCUAUGUGACUCUGUGGCUGCCCACGGCCUCCAGCCACAGGCUCCGGACACGCACUGUCAGGAACUGCGGAAGCCCCAUUUGGAAUCAGAGCUUUCAUUUCUGGAUCCACAGCCAGCUCAAGAACAUGGUGGAGCUGAACGUCUUUGACCAGGACCUGCUGACCGAAGAUGACCCGGUGUUGUCAGUGCUGUUUGACGUGGGGACUCUGCGGGCUGGGGAGCUCCAGCGCCAGAGCUUCUCGCUGAGCCCUCAGAGCGAGCAGCGACUGGAAGUUGAAUUUUGGCUGCAGAGUCGGAUAGACGGUGCGGAGCAGCUCAUCAGCAAUGGUAUCCUGGUGGCCUGGGAGCUCUCCUGCUUGCAUGUGCGACUGGAGGAGGCAGGGGACCAGACGGAGUCAGAGGGCAAAGUUCAGCUUGUGGUUCCUGGGUCCUGUGAGGGUCCACAGGAGGCCUCCGUGGGCACUGGCUCCUUCUGCUUCCAUUUCCCAACCCGCUGGGAGCAAGAGCUGAGUAUCCAUCUGCAGGAUGCCCCCCAGGAGCAACUGAAGGUGCCACUGAGGGCCCUGCCUCCAGGCCAGCUUGUGAGGCUUGUCUUCCCUACGUCCCAGAAGCCCCUGCUGAAGGUGGAGCUGAGAAAGGAAGAAGGACCAGGGGAGCUGGCUGUGCGGCUGGGCUGCGGGCCCUGCACCGAGGAGCAGGCCUUCCUGAGCAGGAGGAAGCAGGUGGUGGCCAGGGCACUGCAGCAGGCCCUGCAGCUGGAGGGCGACCUGCAGGAGGACGAGGUCCCAGUGGUAGCUGUUAUGGCCACUGGUGGAGGGAUCCGGGCAAUGACCUCCCUAUAUGGGCAGUUGGCUGGCCUGAGGGAGCUGGGCCUCUUGGAUUGCAUCUCUUAUAUCACGGGAGUCUCGGGCUCCACCUGGACCUUGGCCAACCUCUAUGAGGAUCCAGAGUGGUCUCAGAAGGACCUGGCUGGACCCAUUGAGUUGCUAAAGACCCAGGUGACCAAGAGCAAGCUGGGCGUGCUGGCCCCCAGCCAACUGCAGCGGUACGAGCAGGAGCUGACUGAGCGAGCUCGCCUGGGCUACCCGGCCUGCUUCACCAACCUAUGGGCCCUCAUCAACGAGGCGCUGCUGCACGACGGGCCCUAUGACCACAAACUUUCGGAUCAGCGGGAGGCCCUGCGUCACGGCCAGAACCCUCUGCCCAUCUACUGUGCCCUCAACACCAAGGAGCAGAGCCUGUCCACCUUUGAAUUUGGGGAGUGGUGUGAGUUCUCCCCCUACGAGGUCGGCUUCCCCAAGUACGGGGCCUUCAUCCCUGCUGAGCUCUUCGGCUCUGAGUUCUUCAUGGGACGGUUGAUGAAGCAGCUCCCUGAGUCCCGCAUCUGUUUCCUGGAAGGUCUCUGGACCAACCUGUAUGCAGCCAACCUCCAGGACAGCUUAUACUGGUCCUCAGAUCCCAGCCAGUUCUGGGACCGCUGGGCUCAGAAUCAGGCCAGCCUGGACAAGGAGCAGGUCCCCAUCCUGAAGAUAGAAGACCCACCUAGCAUGACUGGAAGGAUAGCAGCGUUUUUCACUGACCUCCUGACUUGGCGCCCACUUGCCCAGGUCACCCACAACUUCCUGCAUGGCCUCCAUUUCCACAAAGACUAUUUUCAGCACCCUCACUUCUCCACCUGGAAAGCCACCAAACUGGACGGGCUUCCUAACCAGCUGACACCCAUGGAGCCUCACCUUUGCCUGCUGGAUGUCGGCUACUUUGUCAACACCAGCUGCCCGCCCCUCCUGCAGCCCACACGGGAUGUGGACCUCAUCCUUUCAUUUGACUACAACCUCCAAGGAGCCUUUCAGCAGCUGCAGCUUGUCAGCCGGUUCUGCCAGGAGCAGGGGAUCCCGUUCCCGCCUGUCUCCCCGAGCCCGGAGGAGGAGUAUCAGCCUCGGGAGUGCCAUGAGUUCUCGGACCCCCACCGCCCUGAGGCCCCCAUCAUCCUGCACUUCCCACUGGUCAACGACUCCUUCCGGGAGCACUCGGCCCCCGGGGUCCGGAGGACACCGGAGGAGGAGGAGGCAGGGCAGGUGAACCUAUCUCCAUCCGACUCCCCCUACCACUACACGAAGGUGACCUACAGCCAGGAGAACGUCGACAAGCUGCUCGGCCUGACGUACUACAACAUCUGCAACAACCGUGAGCUGCUCCUGGCAGCCCUGCGUGAGGCCAUGCAGCGGAGAAGGCAGCGCAGGCUGCGUGGCCCGAGUGACAGCUCACUGCCUGGCCGCCCCAGCGGCUCUGUGCCACCCGAGUGA